AUGGCUUCCACAACCGCCGACCAGCAAUGGCCUGCCGCCAAGGUGCGAAGCACUUUUAUUGAUUAUUUCGUCAAGAAGAGAGGCCACACGUUUGUGCCUUCCUCAUCCGUCGUCCCUCACUCGGACCCGACUCUUCUCUUCGCCAAUGCUGGCAUGAACCAGUACAAGUCUAUCUUCCUUGGAACUGUUGACCCAUCAUCCGAUUUCGCCUCGCUCAAGCGCGCCACAAAUUCUCAAAAGUGUAUUCGCGCUGGUGGAAAGCACAAUGACUUGGACGAUGUCGGCAAGGACUCCUACCACCACACUUUCUUCGAGAUGCUGGGUAACUGGAGUUUCGGCGACUACUUCAAGAAGGAAGCUAUUGCUUGGUCAUGGGAACUUCUCACCAAGGAGUACGGUCUCAGCCCCGACAGAAUGUACGUCACCUACUUUGAGGGUGACAAGGCUGGUGGUCUCGAGCCCGAUCUUGAAGCCAAGGAGCUCUGGAAAUCUGUCGGUGUUCCCGAGGACCACAUUCUUCCCGGUAACAUGGCAGACAACUUCUGGGAGAUGGGCGACCAAGGCCCUUGCGGUCCUUGCAGUGAGAUUCACUACGACAGAAUUGGUGGACGCAACGCUGCACACCUCGUCAACAUGGAUGAUCCUAACGUCUUGGAAAUCUGGAACAACGUCUUCAUCCAAUACAACCGUGAAGCCGACAAGUCUCUACGUCCUCUGCCCGCAGCCCAUGUAGACACCGGAAUGGGAUUCGAACGUCUUUCGAGUAUCCUUGCAGACGUCCCUAGCAACUAUGACACCGAUGUCUUCACACCCCUGUUUGACCGUAUUCAGGAGAUCACUGGCGUCCGAAAGUACGAGGGCAAAUUUGGAAGCGAGGAUGUCGACGGUAUCGAUACUGCCUAUCGCGUUUGUGCUGACCACGUGAGAUUACUCACCUUCGCCAUCACUGACGGAGCCAUCCCUAGCAGCAUGGGACGUGGCUACGUCGUCCGUAGAGUCUUGCGUAGAGGUUCCCGCUACGCUCGUAAGUACUUGAACACCGACAUUGGCAGCUUCUUCUCGAAGAUUGUUCCUACUCUUGUUGCUCAGAUGGGUGACAUGUUCCCUGAGAUCAAGAAGAAGGAGCAGGACGUCAAGGAGAUCCUGGAUGAGGAGGAACUCUCGUUCGCUAAGACACUUGAUCGUGGUGAGGCCAUGUUCGAGAAGUACGCUCAGCAGUGCAAGGAUAACAACACCAAGUCGCUUUCUGGAUCGGAUGUCUGGCGUUUGUACGACACCUACGGUUUCCCUGUCGAUCUUACUCAACUUAUGGCCGAGGAGCGCGGUCUCACCAUCAACGAGGAGGAGGUCAACGCCGCUCAGGCCAAGGCCAAGGAGGCCAGCAAGGGCGAGAAGAAGGCUGGUGCCGAUCUGGUCAAGCUUGAUGUUCAUGAUCUCGGCAAGCUGGACUCCAUGACUGAAGUCACCAAGACCGAUGACGAGCCCAAAUUCGGUCGCGGCAACAUCAAUGCUCAAAUCAAGGCUAUCUACUACAACAGAGAAUUCUUGUCGAGCACCUCCGAUGUUCCUGAGGGUGAGCAGUUCGGUGUCAUCCUUGACAAGACCAACUUCUACGCUGAGCAGGGUGGUCAGGAGAAUGAUACUGGCAAGAUCCUGAUUGAUGGCGAGGCCGAGUUAGAGGUUCAGAACGUUCAGAGCUACGGUGGUUACAUCCUUCAUACCGGCUACAUGACUUACGGCACUCUCAAGACUGGCGACUCCGUCAUCUCUGAGUACUAUGAACUCCGCAGACACCCCAUCCGUAACAACCACACUGGUACUCACAUUCUCAACUUCGCUCUACGCGCUGUUCUCGGUGACGACAUCAACCAAAAGGGUUCAUUGGUUGCUCCCGAGAAGCUCCGUUUCGAUUUCAGCCACAAGGCUGCAUUGUCGGACAAGGAGCUCCAGGAGGUCGAGACCAAGAGCACUUCAUACAUCCGUCAGAACAGCCCCGUCUACUCACUUGAGGUGCCACUUUCUACCGCCAGAAACAUCAAGGGUGUUCGUGCUGUCUUCGGUGAGACCUACCCUGACCCUGUUCGCGUCGUCAGUGUUGGUGUGCCCGUUGAGCAACUCCUUGAGGACGUCCACAACCCUCAGUGGGAGAACGUCAGUGUCGAGUUCUGCGGCGGUACCCACGUCGAUAAGACUGGUGAGAUCAAGGAGUUGAUCGUUCUUGAGGAGGGUGGUAUCGCCAAGGGCAUUCGCCGUAUCAUCGCCGUGACUGGCCAGGCUGCCUACGAAGUGCAGAGAGUCGCACAGGAGUUCUCGGACGAGCUCGCUCUGUUGGAGAAGAUGUCAUACGGUCCUCAGAAGGAGCAGAAGGCCAAGCAGUUGCAGGUCCAGCUUAACCAGCUGACCAUCUCUGCUGUGACCAAGUCCCAGCUGAAGGAGCGCUUCGCCAAGGUUGCCAAGGCAAACCUCGAUCAGCAAAAGGCAUUCCUCAAGGCCGAGAACAAGGCCGUUACCGACACAAUCGCCAAGCACUUCAGCGAGAACCCCGACUCAAAGCGCUUGGUCGUUCGUGUCCCUAUCUCGGCCAAUUCCAAGGCCAUCAGCGAGGCCAUCAAGACCAUCAGCUCCAAGCAAAAGGACAAGACCAUCUACAUCAUCGCCGCCGAUGAGACCGAGGGUAAGGUUGUUCACGGCUGCCACGUCUCCGCAGAGGCCAAGGAGAAGGGCGCCGAUGCUCCUGCCUGGGCCAACGAGGUCGCUGGCGUGCUCGGUGGAAAGGCUGGUGGUAAGGGUGCCACUUCCCUUGGACAGGGUACACAGCCCGAGAACGUUGACCAGGCUGUCGAACUUGCCACCAAGUACCUUGAGAAGCUUGGUCUGUAA